AUGGACAAGACAGACUACAACUACAAAACGGACUCGCUUGUUACCGACAAACAGACCUACGAAGUACUUAAACGAGACCCGACACCCGCACUGCAACGCAAACUUAACAACAAACUGCUUACACUGAAGAAAACCGACAAGAUCGACUUUCGACGCUACAACAGACUGAGGUGUAGUGUUCCGCAGCCACCCAAGCAGUAUGGACUACCAAAAUUACACAAACCCAACAUACCUAUGCGGCCCAUAGUUUCUUUCUGUGGGUCCCCGACCUACCAACUGUCUAAAUACUUAACUAACAUACUGAAACCGCUGACUGAUGAAUCUAGACACAAACUACAGUCUACUGAGGACUUUAUUGACGCCAUUAAGACAAUACAGAUACCGGACGACCACAAACUAGUGUCCUUUGACGUGAAAUCACUGUUCACCAGUAUUCCACUUCAACUGGCUCUAGACUACUGUUGAACUACCACUACCUACAGACGACAUUAUGGACCUACUCAACCUCUGUUCGACUUCGACGUACUUUCAGUACAACGGCAAACGCUACAAACAGUUACACGGUACAGCUAUGGGCUCUCCAGUUUCUGUUGUUGUAGCAGAAAUUGUCAUGUAAAACAUCGAGAAACAAGCCCUAGCUACCUCCACACGAACUGCACCUCUUUGGUUACGUUACGUUGACAACACAUUCACCGCCGUACACAAAAACGGAAUCGACUAUUUUCACGAACACCUUAACAGAUAGAACGCAGACAUACAGUCCACCAAGGAGAUCGAAGAAAAUGGUAAGAUACCUUUUCUACACUGCUUGGUCACUCUUGACAACCACAAACUAAAAACGACUAUUUACAGAAGACCGACACAUACCGACCAAUUACUGGACCAGUCUUCGUACAACCCGACCUCUCACAAGGCUACUACUAUCCAGACUCUGACUAGACGAGCGCAACUAGUUUGCGACUCACUUGACAGCCUACAAGACGAGACUGAUUAUCUUAACAACGUUUUUAGUAAGAACAAUAACAACACGGACUUUGUUAGACGGAACACUCAAAGUAACACUGAUUCCAACACUUAG